CGCGUCCUCCUCCUCCUCGACUGCCAGGUCGCCCGCCUGUCCGACCCGCCCCUCGGCGUCCCCGAGGCCCGCUCCGUCGGCGCCAACAUCGCCCAAGUCCUCGCCACCGCGCGCGCGAGCCCCCCGCCGUCGCGCCCGCGCAUCAUCCACGUCCGCAAGUGCGGCGCGCCGGGCGACGCGGACGAGCCGCACCUGCCGGGCUGGGAGCUCGUGCACGCGCCGCUCGCGGACGAGCCCGUGCUCGACAAGCGCAAGAACAACGCCUUCACGGGCACCGCGCUCGCGGAGCUCGUCCCGCCCGACGCCGAGCUCGUCGUCGUCGGGCUCGAGAGCGACUUCUGCGUCCGCGCGACGUGCUCCGCCGCCCUCGCCCGCGGCAACGACGUCCUCCUCAUCCGCGGCGCCCACGCCACCUACGACCGCAUCGAGUACUGGGACGGCGGCACCAGCACCCCCGCCGAGAAGGUCCAGCGCGAGAUCGAGGAGGAGCUCGAGGAGGCCGGCGUCGUCCUCCUCGACAUGGCCGACCUCCCCAGCCUGUUUGGCGAUCGCUGA